CAUCUAAAUUUUGAGCACGUUCACCGGAGUAGGAAGUGGUAGCGAUGGCGAGCAACGACGAUGCAUCCCUUGCCGGAAAAUCCAUGGUGUUCUUGAGGAGGACGAAGAAUGCAACUUCCCGGAAAGGUCAAGGUGUUGGCGAGGCACAAGCGGCAGGGCUUGGGGAAAAUGCUAAUGAUGUUAAUGAACAAGUUGACAUCUUUUCUAACAGACUGCCUGCUCAGAAUGCUGGAAGGGUAGAGAAGGUCAGUGGCGGUAAGGGUUCAAGAUCAAUGUCGUUCGCAACACCAAUUCGCUGUAGUGAUCGGUUGAGGAACGUGAGAUGGAGGAUUGAAAGAAUCAAUAAGCCUGUGCGCAUGGAGAUUAAUGAUGAUAGUGACAGUAACUUGGAUGAUCAGGAAGAUCGGAAAGCCUUUAAUGCAUUGCGUUCAAAGUACUGUGCUUGCAUCGUUUUGGCGGAGGUGAAUGAGAUGAAGGAGGAGAAUAUGACCAAGGCAAAGAAUUUCGUGGCAGCUUGAUGUUGGAAACCAAACAUUAUUUAACAUUUGCAGCAUCGUCUUUGGUGCUUUUGUACACCGUUUUUUUUUGUUUUUGGAAUUGGGUUUUUUAUUGUAUUAUGGUUUUAUCUUGUUUUCAACACUAAUAUCAUCGAUACGAAUGAUCCGUUGGUGAUAGAUAGUUUUGAUCGGUUUUGGGGAUUGAUUGUUUCGGUAAGAUGGUAAUGGAGUU